CCCCUCCUGGAAGUGCUGAGCUUUCUGCAUUACAAUGUAACCAGUUCCCUGCAACUUGCAACAUUGUAUCACUGAAGGGCUGUGGAGCCAUGCCAGGGAUGGGGAUGCCAGGCGGCACAUCUGACUGUGGACCCUAAAAUCAGCCCAUAGCUUUGAUAUCAUGGAGGAGGGUGGUUAUGUGUGGGUGACAGCCCAUCUCAGGGGCCACCCAUGGGUUGCACUAGUCAUCAUGGUUUUAUGUGUGACUGCUCUGCCCUCUGCCAGGGCUUCCUCCGUGAUCCCUGGCACCUCUUUAUUAAAUGGGGGGCAGACUAAUAUAUAUGACAGAAGCGGUGAGGAUGCCGGAGGCCUUCUGAAGACUAGAUCGCCCUGUGUCACUUCUGAUUGUGAGCUUCUGGACAAGAACUCUGGAGAUAGCCAGAGAUGGAAUAACGUAGAAACGAGGGCUGAAGAUGUACCAGCAUCUGCUACAGAUCAGAAAUUGAUGCCAAAUGAGACAUUAGACUUAAUUCUAAACCCGCCAUCCGCAUCUGAUCACUUGUGGACCCCGACCGUUCCUGCUGUAACGCCAUGGAUGAAAAGAAGGCAAUUCAAACGAGCGGCAGUGACCCACAAAUCUCGAGAUGUCUUGUCAUCUAGUAUUGGAGGUGUAACAUUCCAGAAAUGUGCAACGGUAAAAGACCAGCAAACGGCCUACAUUGCCCUGAUCGCAAAUAACACCGGAAUGUCCUCGUCUUCAAUGAACGUGUCUAAUAUCAGCCUCAUGGAGAACAUCACCGGCCUUCUUAUAGGAGAGACCAGUGCUAACAUAAGCAGCUCUGUUACAGGGAUGCAGACCCUCCGGAAAGACUUUCUAAGAGCUGGCGACUCCUUCCAGGUGUCAUACACUGCUUCACUAAACACAAUGGAGGCUAAGAAUGGGCUGGUGUUCUCCCUUCCUGCUGUGAUAACCUUUCAGAAUUCUUCAGAGAUCACUGGAGCAACAUACAACAUCAUAGCCCCGUUUUCUGUCACCGCCAAAGAGGUCUCAAACGUGCUGCCUGACCAUGGUCUUCACGGAGCUGGAUUUGUCAUUGCCUUCGUGAUUUCCUUCUUAUUGACAUGUGCUGUGUUUGCCCUCCUUUACCGGACCAAGUGCUUAAAACAGAGAAUGUCUGGAAAAUCACAUCAAAUUAACAGCCUGCGAAAAAGCGAAUCUCCAGCCAAAUCGACCGAUGGUGUUCCAGAAGACUUGACUGGGGUUGAUCGCUUGAUUGACAUAAUAUGUUUUGAAGAGGCAGAAAACAUGCUGCCAGCCUUGGAGGACUCGGAGAUAGGUAAUAUGACGCAGGCAGACGCCUAUUUAGAAGUUUGUCGGAUCCAGGUCUACAAAGAUGUGACAGGAAUACUACUGAGAAAUAUGACGCAGGCAGGGAACCUCUUGCCUCUGGAGGAGAAGAGAAUGAAUAAGAUUUUAAGUGGUAACUGGACUGACCUUGAGAAAAGAACACAAGAGGAACAUCAGAGGAAACUGGUGGCCUUGACAGCUGAAUGUAAUUUGGAUAGUAAGAAACAAAUGGACACUCAGCAGCACAGGCAGAAAGAGGUCGUUGAAGAGGCGGAGGCGAUCCUGAAGAAUUCUGGGGAAAAGGCUAUGGUUGAAUACAGAUCACUUCUUGACAAGUUCCAUGGCCUUGAGAAGACCGAAAUGAAGAGGACGCUUUUAUAUAGGCAAGAAGAGGAGUUUGCAAAGUCCAUCAGACAACUGAACGUCACUCAAAGAUCUGACCUCCAUAAAAUGUUCUUUGACCAAGUAUCAAGUUUAGUGAAGACUAAACCUGAAAUGCAGAGAACGCUGACUGAACACUAUCUGAAGACCCAGGAAGAGACAGAGGAUCUUCUAGAUUCCCUGCAUGCUACCAAAAAAUAUCACGUGAACAAAAGACUUGCUGUACGAAAGCACUUGUUAUACAACCUCCAGCUAGGUGACAGCCGCUCUCGAUGCCUAUUGAAUUCUGCAGCUACACAAAUUGCAAACCUUAUUAACAGGACUGAAAGGGCCGGGCACAUAAGUGACUCUCAGGUGCAGAUGUUAUUGGAGAAGGCUCAGGCAGAAGUUCUUAAAGUGAAGCAGAAGUUAGAAAACGCUCUGAAACAAGAAACACGGAAAAUGUACCAGAAAUCAAGCAACAAGAGAAGCCGCCACAUUGCACAGAAGCUAAAGGAGCAGAAGAAGGAGCUAAGCGGAGUGCAGGAGGUCUGUAAAUACUCCAAGGAAGUGCAGCCCUACUUGGAACAUUGGGGAAAGCUGUUUGCUAAUCAUUGCCGGGAGCUUGAAGAACUCUAUGAAAAGCUGGAUAAUGAUGCCACCGAUGAAUUAAAGGAGAUUAAAUACAGCCUGACGGAGAAGGCGAUUGAAGAUCUCAGACACGUCCAGAGUGCUGUAAUUAUCCAAGAAAUGUUAAAACUCAAUGUGCCCAGACUGCAUCUCCAACAAGUGCUAGACGAGCACAAAAGAGAGACGGCACUCCUAGCUCAGCAGCUAGAGAAGGAGGAAAGUGACAAAGCGGCCGAGUCAAGAGCCUCUCUGGAGAAUACCUUGCGGAAACUCGAUGAUGAAUUCAAAGUCAGUCUCAAGGAGCAGAAGAAUCUAAGAAACUGGGAACAGCUGUUAUUCACGAAGGCCCAGCUGUUACAUCUCUGUGUGUCCGAGGGUGAUGUGCAAAAGACAAAACUUGAGUUCCACUCUGGCUUUUCUCAGAUGGAUAUUACUUUAGCUCUUCCAAAAAUUCAAAGCAGAAUGCUCCUCCAGAAAUACCUGAGCGACUGGAGAGUUGUAGAGCUGCAGAAAGUGGACCAGCGUAUGCAAGAGCGUGAGAAGAAGUCUGGUUCAAAGACGACAAAUCAUCCUCAGGACAGAGCCGCAGAAAUCGUGAGGAAAUCUGUUGAGGAUAAAGUCCUGAUUUAUGAAGCACAAAUUGCAGAUGACAAGAUUAAGCAGGCACGAGCAGAGUUACUACUGCAACGAGUGCAUCAGUUGAAAGCGAGAGAAUAUAAAUUGGGGGAAUAUAUAACUUAUUUACAGUUCCAAGAUGUUCAUAACGAAGCUAAGACCCUGGAAAUCCACAAGGCAAUCCUGGAGCUGCAGUCCGUGUUACUGGAAGAAAAGAGCAGAUCUGCUAUUACUUCAGAAUAUGAAAAUCUUCUGCAGGCUCUGAAUCAGGAAAUAAGAGAACUGGAAAAGAACAUGGAAACAUGGAGUAGAAAUGAGCCAUUAGUCAGCAGGGUUCUGGAGGAUGAUCCGCCCCAUGUUCUGGUUGAUAUCACCGGUGAGGGAGACGGCUUGUCUGUAUCAGCAACUCUUUGCAAGGCCAUGAACAGGAGGAAAGACGUCAUAAAUCUCUGUAGAGACAGGAUGCAUAGGGAAGAGAUGGAGUAUGCUCAUGGAGAACACCAAGAGGAGAGAGCUCACAUGGACUCACUGCUGAGGCUACACAACCAGGACAUCCGAUUGGCAGCGUAUCUGUCUAAACGAUCCAUGAUACCGGAGGCAAUGCUGCAGCGAGUCCUCAGCCUAUUACUUCCCUCCAGCCCCGAGAGUGAAAUCGCUUCUCUCGUAUAUUCAGUAGGUCAUAAAUAUUCAGACAGUGUCACCGAGACUGACAACGGCGAGGAUGGGGCUGACAGCUGGAGGAAGAGGAAGCAGCAGGAGCUGUGGACGGCCCUUGAGAAGAGGAUCAGGGAGGGUCUGGUGAACACCGAUGAAGACAAAAGUCCAUUAUCUGCAAGAAAGAAACGAAGCAUCCUGAAAAAGAAGAGAUUACGGCCUGUGAAGCGCGUCUCGUUUUCACACUCGGACAGUCUCUCCAGGCUCCUCCAGGCUGGCCCGCGCUUUGACCAGUUUGGAAGCGCAGAAGCUUUAAAUGUCUCAGAUACUGGAGAAAAACUGUUUAUUUUCCGAGUUCCCAGUGUUUCCCCCUCUCCUCAGUCUCGGCCCAAAAAGAAGCGGAACUUUCUCAAUUCCAAGAAGUCCAGCCUUGUUUCUACAUAAUGUGAAUAAAGAGCAAAAUAUUUUAUUUUAUUUUUUUGCUAAUAUUUAUAAGGUAUAUAAGCAAUGAUGGUUGAUGUCUGUAAAUAAAUAAGUACAUACAGAAAAUCUUAUUAAAAUUGUACACAAAUGAUGGAAAUGCUGAGUAUACUGCAGUAUCUUGAUUGCAGAGAUGUGAAUAUUUUGUACUCUACAACCUGGUUUAUUCAGGACGCCUGUCUUAAUUUGAAGUCAUUAAGGCCGGGGCAACAUGCACAUUAGAGAUGAGCGAAUUUCAAAAAAAUUUGAUUCGGCCGGUUCACCGAAUUUUUCAAAAAAAUUUGG